UUCGGUGGUUUUCCAUCUUCUCCAUUUCCUGCCAUGAUUUAGAGAGAGAUCUAAGAGAGAGAGAGAGCACUCGAUUGCCAAGCGAGUAGGCAUGGGCAGCUGCUAUAAAGGCUCGUGGAGUGUCAGGGAAGGCAGGCACAAUAAGGCAAGCCAAAGAGCCAAAAGGAGGAGAAAGGGGGGAAAAGGGGGGGGAUUGUGAAGGAAAUCUGUACUGGCCUGUAAACAGAUUGCCAAAUUGGAGUCUGGCGAUUUAGGAAUCAGAUCCUGGCGACGAGAGCUAGAGGAUUUCGUUCUCUCCUUUGAGAAAGUUUCAUCUCUCUUGAAGAAAGAUUUCAAGAUAAGAUCUCAGUUAACCCCCUUGGUGAUUAUUAUUUUAUGUGUAUUUUUCUUCUAUCUCGGAGGCGUCUAUUAUUGUGACAACACAAUAGCCAAGGAGGAUGCAACACCAACUGUUCAGGAAACUUCAGCACCUUCUCUGCAAAUAAAGUCUAUUGCAUUUCCUGAGUGUAGCGUUGAUUAUCAGGAUUAUACACCUUGCACAGACCCUAAGAGUUGGAGAAAGUAUGGUAGUUACAGGCUUAGUUUUAUGGAGCGCCAUUGUCCACCAAUAGUUGAGAGGAAACAAUGCUUGGUUCCUCCACCAGAUGGGUAUAAACCUCCAAUUAGAUGGCCAAAGAGCAAGGAUCAAUGUUGGUACAGAAAUGUCCCCUAUGACUGGAUUAAUAACCAGAAAGCUAAUCAGCAUUGGCUUAGAAAGGAAGGGAACAAAUUCUUCUUUCCAGGUGGAGGUACCAUGUUUCCCAACGGUGUUGGCGCAUAUAUUGACCUUAUGCAGAAUCUAAUUCCUGGAAUGAAAGAUGGAACUGUCCGAACUGCAAUCGAUACUGGUUGUGGGGUAGCGAGCUGGGGAGGUGAUUUGUUAGACCGUGGUAUUCUUACUGUAUCUCUUGCUCCAAAAGAUAAUCAUGAAGCUCAAGUACAAUUUGCCCUCGAACGUGGCAUUCCAGCGAUUUUGGGCAUCAUAUCUACUCAGCGUCUUCCAUUCCCCUCAAACUCAUUUGAUCUGGCCCAUUGCUCCAGAUGUCUUAUUCCAUGGACAGAAUUUGAUGGCAUUUAUCUUCUGGAGAUACACAGAAUACUUCGACCUGGUGGCUUCUGGGUUCUCUCUGGACCACCAGUAAACUAUGAAAACAGAUGGCGUGGGUGGAAUACCACAGCGGAAGAACAGAAAUCAAACUUUGAGGAUUUACAGAAAUUGCUAACAAGCAUGUGUUUCAACCUAUACGACAAAAAGGAUGACAUCGCUGUUUGGCAGAAGUCUCCAAACAACACUUGCUAUGAUCAACUUAGUCCAUCUUCUUACCCACCUAAGUGUGAUGAUAGCAUGGAUCCUGAUUCAGCAUGGUACACUCCACUACGUGCAUGCUUAACUAUUCCAAGCCAAAACUACAAGCUGGGGCUAGCUUCUAUCCCGAAUUGGCCGAACAGGUUGCAUGUUGCUCCCGAGCGCACGUCUGUGGUUCCUAGUGGGGUUUCUGGUGGAUUCAAGCAUGACGAGGGUAAAUGGAAGAUCAGGGUAAAUCACUACAAGUCUUUACUACCUGCUCUAGGAAGCGACCAAAUUCGCAAUGUCAUGGACAUGAAUACUUUGUAUGGAGGGCUUGCCGCAGCUCUUGUAGCUUCUCCAAUUUGGGUGAUGAAUGUCGUCUCUUCUUAUGGUCCAAGUUCUCUUGGUGUGGUCUAUGACAGGGGACUAAUUGGCACCUACCAUGACUGGUGUGAGCCAUUCUCAACAUACCCUCGAACGUACGACCUCUUGCACCUCGAUGGGUUAUUUACUGCUGAAAGUCAUAGAUGCGAUAUGAAAUAUGUGCUGCUCGAGAUGGACAGAAUCCUACGUCCCCAGGGCUACGCGAUGAUACGCGAAUCGACCUAUUUUCUCGACGCAAUAACCACCAUUGCCAAAGGGAUGCGAUGGAAAUGCAACAAACACAACACCGAAUUCAACGAAGCGGGCGAGAAGCUACUAAUUUGCCAGAAGAAUUUGUGGUUCGCGAAUGAGGAAAUCCUUCUUUAGGCAAGAAUUUCUUGCAAUGGAUUGGUUUGGCUUUCUUAGUGUUCUUAGUUGAGUUAUAGCAUAUGAGAGAUCAUGAAGCAUGUUUUAGAAACAACAAGAAUCGGAUGAUUUGAAUGGUAGCUCAGAUCGAACAUAUUUUCCCCUAUCUUUUUUUUUCUGAAAUUGUUUCUGAUAUUGAAGUCGGACAAGACUCACCCAGUUCUAUA